AUGGCUACUCUUACCGUCGAGACACGAUCGCAAACCGAAAAGCUAGCCUCCAACAAGACUGAGGCCGUCCAAACCGAGACCGUACAGAUAGAGUGUGUCGUCUGCACAGAGACGAAAGACUUUCUUCAUUUUCCAUUGUCGAAACUCUCUACUGAUUGUCAACACGCGAUGCGUGUAUGCGUCGAAUGUGUUCGUUUGAGCAUCACGGCAGACCUCAAAAACAAGUACUGGCAGGACAUCAAUUGUCCGGAGUGUAACAACCGUCUCGAUGCGGAUGUUGUUCUACGUUACGCCAGCCCGGAGACACGGGCGAAGUAUGAAGAUUUUCUAACUAAGCACAUGCUGGAAAGCCAAGAAGGCUUCAGGUGGUGUACAGAGCCAAGUUGUGGCAGCGGCCACAUUCACGAAGGCGGGUACAGCCAGCCCAUCAUGAAGUGUCCCAAUGGACACUUGUCAUGCUACGUCCACAAAGUGCCAUGGCACAAGGGCAUGACUUGCGACGAGUUCGACAUUGUGAAGAAGAACCCGGACAGCCCGGCCUACAAACAACAUCUUCGACAACAGGAGGAGAAUAAGCAAAGCGAGAAGAUAAUUGCGCUUACGUCGAAGCCUUGCCCUUCAUGUGGGCGACACAUUGAGAAAGAUGGCGGAUGCGCGCACAUGAUAUAUACUUUCCACAUGUGUCCGCAGCUUAACAUGUACCGGAAAGACAAGUUGCUCUUCCUUGUCCCUCGCACCCUCUAA